AUGAAAAAUACUCCGAAACUGAUUUCACUCAGAUUUGCUUUCUUUCGUGUGGUUGGCUGUUUUUCAAUGUAACUUUUGGGUUGUAAACACAUCACACCGAUUUGAGUAUUAUCCAAACCUGUGAAAAUGUAGCUGACCAGACGAUUUCUGACAGAUGGUGUGAAUCAUCGUCAUUGGAGAGCAGAUUAGGCAGGUAUCUUUUUAAUCAGAGGGAUGAGAAAGAAACACUGAUUAAAUCCAUCUUCAGUCUUUGUGUAAAUUUAUGAUGAAAUGUCACAUGUUCAUCAUAAUAGUUACCCUGACACAUGGCAUAUACACAAGCUGUGUUCAUGAUGAAGUUCAGUCAGCAGAUCCAGUAAAAUCUCAGGUGGCUUACCAUGAACGUGUGUUGGCCAAGAAUGUCCACAAAUCAAAAAGGUCGACCAGUUCCAACCUCAGCUACAAGCCAAUUAGACUGAAGUUUUUCAAGCUUGAUUUUGACUUUGAGCUGACACAGCAGGAAAAAGCCAGAAUAAACAAAGCUCUGACUGAUGCUGUCAACUUUAUAGAAGAUACAUUUUCAGUUGUACCAGUAAAUGGUAGUUUGCUGCUUAAGAGGACUGGGUGUCAAAGGACUUGGCAUAAAGAACCAAAUGCAGGAAAGUGUGCCGUAUUAGACAAGACCUACAGAGAGGAAUAUUGUCACGAUGCUGUGAAGAUUCCAGAGGCUCACCUGGGGUCUCUGAGUGUAUGGAGAGUUAACAAGGAGAGUACGGAGGGUGAGGAGGUGUUUCCCGCGGGUGAGGGCGUCCCGGAUGCUGACACAGUCCUAUAUAUCACAGCAAAGACAACCAGGACAUGUUUCCAAAAGAAAAACCACAUUGUACUAGCCUACGCUGGAUACUGUCAACUUGACCAGUAUGAUCGCCCCAUAGCAGGUUACAUCAACUUCUGUCCGUACCUCAUCAGAGCUACCAACAUGACGCAGCAAAAAGUAUACAUGAGUGUAGUCCAUGAAUUAUUCCAUGCACUUGGAUUUUCCAAAGGAUUAUUUGACAAGUUUAGGGACUGCUCUCAAUCAGUUGGUGGAGAAUGUCCUCGACGUAAGUCACGCGUGGUACGACAAAUCUACGGUGUGACACGUCUAGUCACGUCAGCUGUCAUAAAUCGUGCUCAGGAACACUUCAGCUGUCGGACAGAGGAGAGGUUUGGGGUACCACUACAGGUGGAGAACGGAGUGGUAUUGUCUCAUUGGAGUCAGAAGUCAAUGUAUGGUUCUAUUAUGGCCCCAAAAUUAGGAAUGGCUCAUCAAACAGUGAUUGACCCAUUGACCUUGGCAUUUUUUGAGGACACUGGAUGGUAUAAGGUGGACUAUAGUCAAGCUGGACUCUAUCAGUGGGGCAAAGAUGGUGGGUGUAAAUUUGGGUCACCUGAGAGUUGUCAGAAAGAUUCUAAGUUCUUUUGUAAGACUGGAAAACAUAAAUCCUGUCACUAUCUCCACAUGGACAAAGGUCAGUGUAGGAUGGUGGACAGACACUGUGGUGUAGUGGAGACUGACCAGGGGGACCAAUGUUCUCAGACUAAUAACAACAUGAAAACAUCAACGAUGGAAAAGUACAGCGAGUGUAGUCUGUGCUUCAUGUCAAACCUCACAAUGUUGGAAAACGAAAGUGUCUCAUCAUUGGAAGGAAUAUGCUUACAACACAGAUGUGACCUCAACCAAACACUGCACGUCAGAGUUGAGAGUUCAGACUGGAUCGUUUGUCCCUAUGGUGAUACCAUCAAUGUGUCAGGUUACCAUGGCUAUGUGAAGUGUCCUGAAGUAAGAGACAUUGUAUGUCCAUUGAUGGAGGAGACCGUUGCUAUAACAACAGUACAAGUCAGCACCUCCACAACACCUGCAACUACUACUAGGAGCAAGACCUCAUCAGAUCUCAGUAUUUCAUCUACCAAAUCAGUCGACUUACAGAUGACAAAGGGAUAUACAGCAGUAUCGUCUGCUUCUACAAGGAAGUUUAAACUACAGACAUUACUUACUAUUCUUCAUUCCAUAAUGUUCAUGUUUUGGUGCUUCAGAGUCUCAUUUUGUAUAUUAUGACCAGAAUUAAAUAAAAAAGAAAUUACAGAA